AAAUAAUUUCUGAGUUGUUAGAAGCCCCCACCUCUAUAGGUGGUGGCAAAGAAGAUUUAAACGAUGUAUCCAAACUCGGCGAAUUGUUACUGAAUACUGGACUAGACAUGCUGGCUCCUUCUCAAAAAUAUGUCAAAGAAGAAGUUGAUACCAAUGUCCGCGAAACUCAAAAACUUUUCUUAUUUUUGUCAAUAGACACUUAUGCGAAAUUUGCUAUUGCUUCAACCAAAGAAGCCGGCAAAACUUCAACUCUCGAACAAUUAAAAGCACAUUUCCAAGUAAUUCCAGUUCAUACGGUUAACAAAUUAAAAGCGGCUUUCCGAGAUAGCGAUGGUUUGAAACUUUUGCGAGCUAUUGCCAAGCGGGAAAUGGUUUACGAUGAAUAUGUUAUGGCACACAAAAUCCUUGACCACCUAUGA